GUUAUGCACACUUCCGUGCCAAAUUUACAUAAAGGCAUGAUUUCUGACUAAGAUAACCAAUUUUUGAUACUUUGUUACAAAUUUUAUGUUUACAGUUGGACUAUGGCCGAUAUAGGAGAGACACAAACAAAAGGAGACGAGCUGCGAAUAUUACUAGUGGGUAAAACUGGCAGCGGUAAAAGCUCGACGGGGAAUACUCUGCUCGGAAAAAAAAUGUUCGAAACAUCUAAAUCCUUAACUUCCGUUACCAAGGAAGCACAGUAUGGAGAAGCUACUCGGUUUAGUCGAAGACUAACAAUAGUUGACACACCAGGAUUUUACGAUACAGAUCGAAGUAAUCGGGAAAUUGUACGUGAAAUAACACGCAUAUUCGGAUUUUUAAACCCUGGUAUACACGUGCUCUUGUAUGUAAUGGGAGUGGAGAGAUUUACAGAAGAGUGUAUAAAAACCAAGGACUUGAUGUUUAGAACUUUUGGUGAGGAAAUAAGGACGAGGGUAAUAAUUGUAAUCACACAUUUCGACGACCUUCAAACAGAGCAUGUAGACUUAACACAGUUUCUCGCUUCUAGUGGAAAGAUAUUCGUAGAGUUUCAAAAUAUGUGCAAUAACAGGGUUUUCUUUAUCAACAAUAAAGCUAAGGCAGCCGAGCUUGAACAUCAAGUUAGGUCACUCAUCCAAAUGAUUGAAGACGUCACAAAAGAACAUGGUGGAAAAUGUUUUACAAAUGAACAUUUGAAGAUUGUUAGGGCGUAUUUUAGAUUAGAGAGAAAACGAAAACGUAUAAAUCUAUCUAGGGCAAGGAAAAUGCUUUUCAACAGAGCAUCAUUAAAUCUUGGGUUGCAAUCUGUUGUUGUUUGGGAUGAUCAAACGAACAAACCGGUCUACAUGACAGUUCCCAAAGGUGCCACGCAAUUUGUUCUACCACCAAUAUCCAAAACAAACUCAUCAUCAAAACGAGAUAGGCAAGAGACAAAAACUAUUAAAAUAAAAGCAAUUCCUAUAAGGCAACCGUCCAAUAUCACUGCCACAAAAUACACGAAUCAUGUUGAGCAGACAGAAAAUGUGUCACACGAAACAGUUCAGAAUGAAAUCAAGCAAAGUUCUACGACUGAAAACGUAGAACAUGUUCCAGAUGACACAACUACAGAGAAACUUAUUGACGAAAUUUUAUGCAAUGAUGAAAACUAUGAACAUGACCAUGGUUCGGAAGAGUGUACGGACGAAUGUUCAGCGAAAGGAGCAGAAUUUAUCGCAAAUGAUCGCCUGAAAAUGAAAGACAAAUCAUUCUUUGAAAAAUUUUCAGAAUUUUUGUCUUCCCUGUUCAAUGGAGUGGUGGCUGGGAGAAAGGACUGAACGAGAAAUAGAUUGUACAGCUGCAUGUCCAAUUGUAGAUUUUUUUUCCAAAUACCGCUUACAGAAAGACCUAUCUAUAACUGUAUUCAAAGAAGAAAAAUGACUUUAGAAAAAAAAAUGCUUUUAAGCCGUCCGGCCGUUCAUGCAAAAAUACAAUACAAAACAUAUAUAUAUUUACAAAACAUAUAGUGUAUGAAUAACAAUUGACAAAUGAUUGUUUUACAUACAACAACUUAUAGUUAUAUCUUGUUAUAACAUUUAUCAUAUCAAUAUGAUAUGAGCCGCGUCACGACAAAACCAACGCAAUGCGUUUGCGACCAAUAUGGAUCCAGACCAGACUGCGCAUCCGCGCAGUCUGAUCAGGCUUACAAACCAUAUAACAAGUAGAGAAACUGAUAGCGAACAGCAUGGAUCCUGAUCAGACUGCGCGGAUGCGCAGGCUGGUCUGGAUCCAUGCUGGUCGCAAACGUUUUAUGUUGGUAUUGUCAUGACGCGGCUCAUAUAUUUUGCAGAUAUUGUUUUCUAUUUUCAUGUGCAUAAUACAAAAAUAAAGCAACAGAUUUUAUAAGAUUUUCAUCAGUAGUUGACAGGACAUAAUCAGGGCUGGAAAUGAAAACUGAUUCAUGGUUGGUUAUAUAACACAUAUUUAUUAUUAUAAUUUAUAACCAAAACAUGAUAUAUUAAUCGUCAACACAGUGUUCAUCACACACCUUGCACAGUCGGUUACUUCUUUUAGUAUGUGUCUCCUCCGUUCUAUUUCAAUAUCCAGACUGCCAAUUCUAAAUUUUGUGAAUAAAUUGAUUUUUCUUUUCAGAUUCAGAUAGUGCUGAAAAGAAAAUUUGUUAU